GGAAUGAAAAUACUUCAGCCAGAUUAUUUGAAUUGAAUUAUGAGAAAAUUAAAGAAGAUAUUAAAAUAAUGAAUGAUCGUAAAAAGUGUUAUUUACUUCAAGCAUUACGUUGGAGAUUAACAAAAUCUAAAGUAUCACAACGUGAACAUUGUUUAACAUCAUUUGUUCGUAAUGAUAUACUUGAUUUAACAACAAUUGGAUCUAUUAAAGAUGUUGAUAUAAAACAUGCACCAUUACUUUAUUGUUUAAAAUCAAAACAUCAUCGUGUUCGGGAAUAUAUGGCACGUUUUAUUAAUGCACUUGCUUCUUUAUGCAGAGGACGUGCAUAUCUGUCACAGAAUAGUUUAGUUGUUGAAAUUCUAAUUGAUGAAGUACGUAAAGAACAAGAUGAGUGUAUUACAAGAGAAAAUUUUGUUGGUGCCCUACAGAAAAUGAGUUUGAGGCGACCAAUGCAAACUGUAAUGAUUAAACAAGGAGUUAUUUUAUGGGUAAUAAAUUUAUUAGAAAAUAUGCAUAAUCUAUCUGAUUACACAUUGGAAUAUGCAGUUGCACUUUGUAUGAAUUUAUGUUUAAGAAGUUCGGGUAAACGAUGCUGCAUACCAAUUACAGGACGUUUACUUAAUGUUCUAAUGGAUCUGUUAAGUAUUGACAAUAUUGAUAUAGUGCCAUAUAUCAACGGUGCAUUAUAUUCUAUCUUAGCGUUAUCAGAGAUAAGAAAAACAGCUGAGAAAAUGAAUCUUGGGCAUCUUUUAAAAAAUUUUAUUAAACCAAAUCAACCAGAAAUGAAUCGUCAAUUUGAAUUUAUUUUACAAAGAUUAAAUUCAUCUGAGCAACCACCUUUAGUAGACUCAGAUGAUGAUAUUGACGAUGAUGAUGAUGAGGAGGAUGCAUCAGUAUUAGAAGGUGACCUCGAUCGGCAAGAUUUACCUCCACCAGAUCAAAAUGAUUUAUUGAUGUUAACUGGUUCACAGACUAUUCAUUAUGAUCCACAUAUAUGGGUUGGUGAAGGUUUAUUAAAGCAUGAUUAUGCCAUAGAAACAGUAGUGAAAAAUGAUGCUAACCAUUGUAUUGAUUGGUGUAAAUCAUCAUGGAAUAGAGACAAUGAUGUAAGAUUGUCUAAUAAUAGUUUUCGAAAUGAUUUACCUCUUCAACGGCCUACAACACCUAGUCAACGUUCUGCUCGUAAUUCAAUAUCUGAAAAUCAUCCGUCAAUAGGCAAUAGAAAUCAAUUUUUAAUUAUUCAUGAAUACGAAGAAAGUUGUCAUCAAAUUGAUUUACGUGACAGUUUAGCAACAAUUACACAAAGUUUUGCUGAUGAAAUAACACCAAGAUGUACAACACCUAAUGACAAGUUCACAUCAUCUAACAAGGAUACAUUCAAAGAACUUUCAACAGAUAAAUCAAAUGAUGAAACAAAUGUUAAAAAAAUUUUUAUUAAUCGACAAGAAGGUCAAGGUAUAUUUCAAAGUCGACCAAAACUUUUACGUACACCAGAUUCUUCACCACCAGAAAAUAAAAAGUUUACUAAAUACAAUAAUAAUACUACAUAUAUGAAUGAUGUUCAUGUUGAUGAUGACGAUAAUGAUGAUGAUGAUGAUGAUGAUAACAGUUCGACUAAUCGAAGAAAAGCAAGACAAUCACCAGAUUCCACUGUAUCAAGUAGUACACAUAAUAAAUCAAUAAUUGAUAAUAAUCUACUAUUCAAUAAUACUGAAAUUGAUUUACAAUAUUCUGAUAAUAAAAAUAAACAAAAAUUCAAUAAGAAUAGUUCAACGUUAAAUGGCAAUUGAUCGGAUAGACCAUGAACUAAACAACGUUUUGCAUUUCAUUCAAUAUUGAACAAUCGCUAUUGUUUAUUAUUAGCGGAAAGGACAACAGUUAGUUUGUUUGUGUUUUCUUCUCUUUUUUCUUAAUACCAACUAAUAGUUUUCAAUAUAAUUCAUCAUUGGAAUAAUGAACAGAAUAGUUGGAUAGUUUUGUAUGAUUCUAGUUAUUUGAUUUCAAUAAAAAGCAUUUAUGAUUUUAAUGUAAAUAUCAUCUAGGUUUUUAUUUUAAUACAUUUUCUUUCUGUUAA